AGGAGGGAGCUGCAGGCACGCGCCCCACCCACUCCUUCACUCCCUCCCAGUCAGACCGGCGGCGGCUGGAGGCGCUACCUUGCCUUGCCUUGCUUUGCCUGAGUGGCAGCUCUCAAGGACUGCCGCCUUGCUGCUCCCCCCCCCCCCCUUCCCUCCGCCUUGCAACUCCAAAGGCUCCAAAGCCUCUCUCUCUCUCGCCUUUUGGCGCUUGGAGCCCAGAGGAUGGCGUGCCCCCCUCCGCUUCGCCGCUGCCCCGCAGCAAAGUGAGCCCACCUCUCCCUCCUCCUCCUCCUACCUUCAGCCCUUCGGAGGCGGCGGCGUCGCCUUGCCAAGGGCCAAAUGUCAGCAUGAUUAAGAACUGACAAAGAACCUCAAGACUAUCCAAACAUUUGUCCCGUGGAAGUAGAAAGGGUCCAAAGACCACUCAUCUAUUGUGUAACCAUGGCGGAUCCUUCAGCUGAAGUGCCGUUUUCUAUGAUGACACAACCACAGCUAAUCGAGUCCACAGCCAUGAGUGAACCUCAGUGUUACUACAAUGAGACCAUUGCCUUCUUUUAUAACAGAAGUGGAAAAUAUCUAGCCACUGAAUGGAACACUGUGAGCAAGCUUGUGAUGGGCCUUGGGAUUACAGUAUGCGUCUUCAUCAUGCUAGCUAACCUCUUAGUUAUGGUGGCUAUCUAUGUGAACCGGCGUUUUCAUUUUCCUAUUUAUUAUCUUAUGGCGAAUUUGGCGGCUGCUGACUUCUUUGCAGGGCUGGCAUAUUUUUAUCUAAUGUUUAACACGGGACCCAACACUAGAAGAUUGACUGUAAGCACAUGGCUCCUUCGUCAGGGCCUCAUUGAUACUAGCCUGACAGCCUCUGUUGCCAACCUGUUAGCCAUUGCCAUUGAGAGGCAUAUCACUGUGUUCCGCAUGCAGCUACAUACGCGGAUGAGUAAUCGACGAGUAGUAGUGGUCAUCGUCGUCAUUUGGACUAUGGCUAUUGUUAUGGGCGCUAUACCAAGUGUCGGCUGGAAUUGCAUCUGUGACCUCACUCACUGUUCCAACAUGGCACCACUCUACAGUGACUCUUACUUGGUUUUCUGGGCUAUUUUCAACCUGGUCACCUUUGUAGUCAUGGUGGUCUUGUAUGCUCAUAUCUUUGGGUAUGUGCGCCAGAGGACUAUGAGAAUGUCUAGGCACAGUUCUGGGCCACGUAGGAAUCGGGAUACCAUGAUGAGUCUUCUGAAGACUGUGGUCAUUGUGCUUGGUGCCUUUAUAAUUUGCUGGACUCCGGGAUUAGUCUUGCUGCUCCUUGAUGUUUGCUGCCCACAGUGCAAUGUCUUGGCAUAUGAAAAGUUCUUCUUGUUGCUUGCCGAAUUCAAUUCUGCCAUGAACCCCAUCAUCUACUCUUAUCGGGACAAGGAAAUGAGUGCUACUUUCAAACAGAUUCUUUGUUGCCAGCGUACCGAAAAUGCCAAUGGCCCGACGGAAGGCUCUGACCGUUCUGCCUCUUCGCUCAAUCACUCCAUCUUGACUGGAGUACACAGUAAUGAUCACUCUGUGGUUUGAAAAAGGAAAUAGACAAUUUUAAAAAAGAAAACAAAGCCUGCACUUGUGAAUUUAGUGCCCAGUGGAAAACGUCUGGUGCAGCUAUUGACACCAUUGUUGGAAGUCUUUGAAGCAGAGAAAACAACACACUUAAAAGUUCUUCUUAAUCACUAAUGGAUGAUCCUUAUUCAAACAUGAAACAUCCAUGAAACUGUUCAGGCUAAAACACCUCAUGUGUGGGUUUGGAGUUUUGACAUUUGUUUUGUGAGAGUGGAAAAUGAGCUUCUCAUCCCAAGAAGCUGACAAACCCUUGGGGAAGACAUUUUAAACUACUUUAACUAGCCUUCAUCAUCUGAUACUUUGUGAUGGUCCUAACUGAAUUCAUCUCCAAUUAAUAAGCUUAAUAGCUGCUUCACUGCCUUUUCAUUUUCAUUUAAUAAUUAUCCCCAUCAGCAUGCUUUUUGAUGGACAUUUUGUGGGCAAGGAGAGAACCUGUUAUAGCUUUCAUGUUUAUUUACAAUGCCAGUAACAAUUAAAAACUUUUUUCACUAGCAACAUAGUGUUCAGGAACAGGUAUGGUGUGUGUACGCAGCCAUGCCUGAUUCUCACAUGGAAAUUAAUAGGACCUAAAAGUGUUGAUGUUUAACUCUUUUUUAAAGUUAAGAGUGGAACAAUGUUAUACAGACUGGAAGACCCAAUUUUCUCAUGGGCUUAAUCCUUUAUGUGGGCUAUAAAGAGCCACAUUUCCUAGGGGACAAAAUACUGUGUGUUUUAAGACUUACUUGUGGUGUUGAGUCUCUUGGCUAAAAGGAUUUUGGUUUUGGCCAAAAGUAGCAUUUUUUACUGUCUUGUUCCAAGGGAAGCUUUUUCAUAUCUGUUCAUUCCAGUGAGAGCUUGGUUAUGUAUGCCCAGUGUAAGUAUUUGGUACAGUUCGGGGAAGGGGCGCACGAUCCCACUCAAAACUGUGACAUGAUUGGGAGAGAUGUUGUUCCAGUUUCAAAUGCUGGAGAUAAGGAAGUCAUCUCUUUUUUUACCUUUUCAUUAUUUUUAAAAUACAAAGCCUUUAUAGAUUCCAAAGCUGUCUACUUCUCCCUGCCCCACAAGUAUAUGAACCCAAGGCCAUGCCUGUUGCUCCAUUUGCUCCAAUGUUGGCAAAGACAGGGUUUGGAGGACCUUGUUUCUUUAUUACCCUCAUGGGCAGCAGCCUUUUUUAAAAAAGGAAAACACCUCCUGAAACCCAAUGAACCUCUUUCCCCCUCUUUAAAAUAACAUAUAUACUAAUUUAUAAGUCAACCUCAUGUAUAAGUCGAGUGCAAGUUUUGGGACCAAAAUUUUGGAUUUUGAUAUGACCCAUGGAUAAGUUGAGGAACUUUCCACAGGGAAGGGAAAGCACCAGUGCUACCUCAGGAGGCCAGAUGUCCAACUGCCAUUUCCGACCCAGGCAUUCAGAAAGGCAAUAAGCGCCAUCACAAUGGAGCUUUACUGGUGUGGUUCACCUGUAUUGGACUGGUAUGGCACUUCCUUUAGGUUUUCCUGGCAUGGACUAAGUGCUUCCCCUUUGCCAUAUUUCUCAGAAAAAGGAAAAAAAAAAUCUUUUUUUAUAAGGGUUGAGGUACUUUGACUAAAAUUUCUAGACAAAUGCUUGAGAUACACAAAUACAUGAAUACACAAAUACAUAAUCAUAAUAGCUGCCUCAAAUUUGCUACUAAAAAUACAGUGGCUGAUUUGAAGUCCUAUUUUAUAUCCGCCCUAAAUUUUUGUUAGCAUCCAAGUGUGUGCUGAAAGUACACAUUUCUAGGUUGUUGUAUUAUUUUUUGGUUUUGUAGAGGCAACCAUAUAAUCAUUGCAAUUGAAAUGCAUUUGUCUUCAAUUCCUGCAAAACAAUCUGGGAUUUAGAAAAGUGGCUUUAAUACAAAGCUCUUUUCUUCAUUAACUUUUUAUGUUUAAAGGUGUGUAUAUUGAUGGCUGAGGAUAUUUUUUUAAAGAAGGAAACUGAGAUGGUUGCAAUAAUUGCGCAGUGUGCUGCUUCAACGGUAACUUUGUGGUGGUCCUCUUCUGUGCUGAAAAUCGUCCUGUGUUGGAAAGAGCCCUUGCUUGGAACUGAGUCAUCAUUUUAGUGCUCUGGAAUAAUGGAGAAAAAAACUGAGACAAUAUUGUUUUUGUGUGAGUAGAGUAUGUAGUUUUUGAAGGCUAAUGUAUAGCAAUGUCAAAAGGGUAAAGAGUAUGUAUAAAGACAGACUAUUUAGUAAUGUACGAAAUGCUAAGUUGAAGAUAAGAGAGUAGCGUGGCUAGUCCCACAAGGAGAUGUUCAAAAAAAAACCUGCCAGUUAACCUAAAAUUCACAUAACAAUGAAUAUUUCAUGAAUUCCUUAUCAAAAUUAAAAUCAGUGGACCCAUUAUCCUUUACUCAUGUAAUAAAAGAGAGGUCAGAAGGUUGGAAUUUUUAAAAAUACCCUAAAUGCUAAGCCACUAAUAAAGUUUUCUCAAUGAAUAUUUAA